CCAAUCAGUGAGAGGAGGCGGGCCUCGGCGUCCUCGUGCAGAUUUAGAUUUUUGUUGCACCGGCGCGCGAGUGAGUUUCACCUCCUCCACACAGACUCCGUCCAGCAUGUACCGACAGUGUGUGUAGGGUUCCUCACGUUGUUCUGGACGUCCACCCUGCGGCACACCAGCAGGAUUUAGCAGACGCAGACUCAGGAGAAGCAAAAUUACAAUGAGGCAGCAGGUGUGGGGGAGAUCUCACGACGUGUGUGGGCCCGUAGCGUGACACCGAGUGGGAGAUGCGGACCAUUCUGCCUGUGUGCGUAGGAGGUGAUGGAGGGGAGUCCCGCAGCCUCCGCAGCAAGGUGGGCAGGAUGAAGAAGCUGCUGUGGCUCAGGCCGAGUCACGGCGUGGACGUCCACAUGGACACGGAGCCCGGCGUGUGGCUGACGGGCUUCCAGGUGCUGGACACUGAGGGACAGUGUGAGGAUCCGGUGCAGGAGUGGGGGGAGGAGGAGGAGGACGGCGCCAUGUUUGGCAUCACGCUACGCAGGGAACCCGUCCUGCCGGCGGCCUCAAACAUGGCAGAGCCCCCUACAGCCUUCAGCUUCGCCCAGUACCACACGGUGAAGGUGCGCAGGCUGAAGGCCGCCACCCUGGAGCGUCUGGUCACCCACCUGCUGGACCCUGAGCACCGGGAGCCCGACUUUGUUCGUGUCUUCCUCUCCACCUACAGGGCCUUCACCUCCACCAGCACCCUCAUCGAGCUGCUGUUUCAGAGAGAUGACUCAGUCACCAACCUGGAUAACACCGUCUGCCUGCGCAGUACCUUACCCCCAGUGAUCCGGCUGUGGCUGGAGGAGUACAGUGAAGACUUCCAUGAGCCCCCUCAGUACCAGGCCCUCCGCCUGCUGUGUGUCCACUUGCGGCAUCGCCUCUGCUUCAGACGUCUGGCUCAGACCUCAGAGACGCUCCUCAAGAGGCUCCAGGCCCAAGAUUGCAGCCGGUCUGCGUCACAGCACAGAAGUGGAUCGCUGCGGCAGGAGAACAGAAAUCAGGAGGACGGAGGAGAGACGUCAAUGAGGGAGGAAGACAAAUGUAACUUCAUGGACUUCCCUGUGAGAGAAGUGGCCGAGCAGCUGACCAGAUUGGACUCUGAACUGUUUGUCCGAGUGGUGCCCUUCCACUGUCUGGGCUGUGUCUGGUCCCAGCGUGACAAGAAGGAAAACCGAAAUCUGGCGCCCACCGUACGCGCCACCAUCUCCCAGUUCAACGCCGUCACCAAUCGUGUCAUCACCUCCCUCCUGUGCCCGUCCUCUCCCAGCCCUUCCACAUCCUCUCCCAUCUCAUCACCCAGCUCCUCCUCUACCUUCCUGUACCCGUCCACAGCCCCGAACUCGCCUCGCAGUGCUCACACCAGCCCCGCCCACAGAGCGCGGGUCAUCGAGAGGUGGAUCUCUAUUGCUCAGGAGUGCAGACAGCUGAAGAAUUUCUCCUCUUUGAGGGCAAUCCUCUCAGCCCUGCAGUCCAACGCUGUGUAUCGCCUCAAGAAGACCUGGGCGGCUGUCAGCAGGGAGAGCAUGGCCACCUUUGACCACUUGUGCGAGACUUUCCCCGAUGAGAACUGUGUGCUGACCAGCAGAGAGAUCCUGGUGGAGGAUGGGAGUCACUCAGAUGGAUCCAAAUCACCGCAGCUCUGCUCGGCGUCCAGAGAGCUGAACGUGAGCAGUGGUGUGGUGCCGUAUCUCGGCACUUACCUGACCGUCCUCACGAUGCUGGAUACAGCCCUGACCGACACUGUGGAGGGAGGACUCAUUAACUUUGAGAAGCGCAGGCGGGAGUUUGAGAUUCUCUCUCAGAUUCGGCAGUUUCAGGCUUCCUGCUCCCACUACAGCCUUCCAGUCAGCGCCCACAUCGCCACCUGGCUGCAGGGACAUACACUGCUCACAGACCAGGAGAGCUACGAGCUGUCUCGUGACCUGGAGCCUCCAGUUGACCCCUGUCCCAAUUCUCCCAACUCGUGGAGUAGUCGCCUGCUGACGAAGAAGCUCAGCUCGUUGCGAACAGUCAGUGACAGCUCCCUCAGGAGGACCCACGCUGAUCAGAUCAGUGUGUCGUCAUCUGGCUCCAGCAGUUCAGACAUGGAGGACCUCUCUGCCCCUCAGCCCUCCCCCCUCAGACUCAAACUCAAGUCUCUCUCAGGCUCCCUUCACAAUGUUGCCGAGGAUUUCUCCUCCAUGUCGUCCCUUUCGACCAGUCUGUCCAGCUCCUCCUGCAGCUCCUCACAUCCGGACCUCAGCUCUUCUUCUCUGGUUUUGAGUGCUGAGCCGUCAUCAUCCUCCAGCUGCUCUCCUCAGGCUGCGCUGCCCGUCUACAACAAGCAGGUUGCUGACUCAUGUAUCAUCAGGGUCAGUGUGGAGUGCGUCAGCAGUUGCAACGUCUACAAGAGCAUACUGCUGACCAGUCAGGACCACACACCUCAGGUGAUUCAGAGGGCUCUUGAAAAACACAACAUGGAGGACGUCAGCUGCCAUGACUUCAGCCUCUGCCAGAUGCUCAACAAUGGGAAAGAGCUCCAGAUCCCAGAGAAAGCCAACGUGUUUUAUGCCAUGAGCACCUCCGCCAACUACGACUUCGUGCUGCGCCAGCGCUGGAAGACCCACGGGAGGCAUUUCGGUUCGUCUUCUAGUCCUGGAGCCCAGCCCAGGAGCCGCCACGCCAAGUAAGAUUGAUCUGUCCUGUACGAACGUUAGGAGCACAUCUAGAAGACGGGAACAGCACACGUGUUGUAUCAGCUCACCACUAAGAGAUUGUCACCACGCAGCAGAUCUCCAUAGAGUGUCCCGAGGAGCCAGAGAGCUUGAGGAGCAACACUGAGAUGUGAUCGACCAAGAAUUAUUCUGGACUGUUUAAAGAACAAUGCGAGAAGAGAAAAAUGUCCAAGUAAGCAGAGAGAAGAAGGACAGUAAGAAGAAACAGAGACAGUAAUUAGGAUUUUGUAUUCUCAUAUUGUUGUCCAUCGUAUUAAACGUCAACAAAUUUUGGAGAAAUGAACCACAAUUUACUUUCUUUCAUAAGCUGUACACUCUUUUAUCACUGCGCACAAAUGCACGUCACAUUGUGGAUUAUUGUGCGUCAUAAACUGAGCAGCACUUCAUGUUCAACUGCAUCAGGAGCAGCUGAUGAUGAUGAGUCGUCACAUCAGAACGCAUCUUUCCACAGAAGGGAACACGGCUGCAGGAUCAUACGGACAGACCCGGCUUCAGUCUGUUAGCGGGGACUGGACCAGCAGAUGUAGCCCGUUUGCUUUAGCCUGCUAACUGAACUCAAAGCCAAGUGACUCAGAUGGGAUGAUCGCUGUCAGUUGAUGAGUAAACACUCCUAAACAGAUCUGGGUCAACGCGUAACCAGCCUGGUUUCAGUUACGCCAAGAACAAUGAAACACUGUUUGGACCCGGGCUUGCUAACUCCUCCGGGAGUCACUAAUGAGUCUUCUAGUCCAGGUUUUAAAUGUUUUAAUGUAACUUAAUGUAAUUUUUUCAACUUAAAUUAUUUAAUGCAUUUCAGUAUUCAGCUUUUAGGGCAAAUGUGGCACAAUGAAAAUAUGCACGUUUGUUUGUUUUGGUUCCUUUUGGAUCCUCUCUUCAGCCGUUAAUACUACAGUUUUUAGACAUACAUGUGCUUAAAUUGCUUUGGUAUCCAGUGAGCUUAACUCACAUUUUGCUUUAGUUGUACUGUCCGCUGUUAUCAAAUGAAGGAGACAAUGUAUGUGAGCAUAUUACAAGUGUUAAUUCUCAGUGGUCUUGCCACUUGCCCCCUGUGAUUCAGGUGAGGCCUCUAAUCACUACACUCUGUAAAUCCAGGGCAGUUAGAUAACAACAGAAUUUCCACCGUCAAGUGGAACAGCUCACUCCACCUGUUUUGUCGCUGUGAAUGAGAUUAAUCUGAAGAGCGGUUCGUGUAUGUGAAGAUGAAGUGUCCCGGUAUGUGAAUAUGUAUGGCGUAAAAUACCGUUUCAGUGACGUGAAAUCCCCCACAAAACUCUAAGGUAGCUUUUUACAAGUAUUGAACAUGGCUUCAAGUCAUGUUUUUAUUUUUCAGUCAUUGGAUGAUGCACAAAAUGAACACAAAAAAAAAACCACUGGUGAAGUUUCUCCUCAGUUUUGUGCAGGAUUUCGCGUCUCUGGGCGCAGCUCGAGUGCUGCUGCGGUUUGGUAAAAGUCAUCAUGAAGGUAUGAGAGGUGUGGCAGCUGCAGUCCAGUGUGAAGGAUCUUCGGCGUGACUUCUGCUGUGUCUGUGUUUAUCUGUUUGUCUGUUAGUAGGCUGUCAAGCUUAUUCUCUCCAGUAUGUUUGACAUGUUGUCAAUGUUAGUGUGUCCGAGUUGUAAUUCAAGCCUAUGUGUGUUUGUCAAUUAUUUUAUUUCAACAGAUUCUUUAUUUUUAAAGUUUAAUCCAAGCACUACUACUACCUAUUAAUAAAGCUAAUUUACUAUUUAA